UGAUCCUUCAGCCUCGGGACCAGCCUCUCCGGGGUAAGGUUUCAUAACACACCAACAUCUGCUGGUCGGACGCUGUUGAUGUUAUUAAAUAAAUACUUGUCGCAGUCAUUAAUAUAAUCCUCAAUCAUAUCAAAAUGGUCUCUACUCGCGGGCAUCCUGAGGAGUUUCCUGAACCCGACCUCACUCCAUCCAAAGCAACUGCUUCGCGGGCGCGUAAAGGCAAAUGGGCGCAUACUCCUUCGAACCUCACGAUCAUAUGGCUCUUCAUUUCUCUUCCUCUUGUGGCAUGGGACACUGGAUAUGUGAUGCUACGCCCUUACAGUAUGCCAGGUGGAUCGCUCCAUUGGCCUAUUUGGGCACCAUAUGAACUGUAUGGGCAGGUCGACUACAUAUAUGGUUGGAAAGCUUUCCAUGCGAAUAACGGCUUUACAGCUGCUCAGGGAUUUUUGAACAUCGUCGAGUCCUUGAUGUAUGUUUACUACUUGUACAUUGUAUAUGUUUUUGGCAAGCAAUCGAAGGCUCAAGGACGAGGUGCUCCCAAAGCAUCUACGAUUGGCUUUCUAGGACAGCAAAGAUUUGUGGAUGGACAGAAAGGAGCUAUUGCUGUGUUGGUUGCAUUCAGUGCUGCGGUAAUGACUGUGAGCAAGACGGUGUUGUAUUGGAUGAACGAGUAUUACUCAGGGUUUGAUAACAUCGGACACAAUCGUCUUGUGGAUCUGGUUUUCCUCUGGAUUAUUCCAAACGGUGCCUGGCUCGUUCUUCCAUCUUACAUGAUCUAUGUGACUGGAAGUGAAAUCCUGCAGGGAUUGACCAUUGUGGGCGGAGGUGCUGUCCCUUCAUCUGAUGACACAAGUCUGGUCAAGACAGAAUAGGAGAUUAGGAGGUGCUUUCGAUGAAUGUCCAUCGAUUUAGUAAUUGUUGACCCUUGUUCUUGACACGGAGGGUCGAUGUAGUUAUUAGGCUUGGGAAGGCCAAGGAGAAAUUGGGAAUGAAGUACUAUUGCCAGGGGCAUAGUAUGCAUCGAUGUACUUGUCUUUCUUGAGGAAGUGUGUGAACUCAGUUGACAGGGAAGUCUGCUCUUGUCCCUUGGUAAUGACUAUGAAUAUAACAUGUGACAAAUUAU